CAACACGUCGUUUGUCUUAGAAUACGCAUAUUGGAAGUAUUUUCCCGACUGAUCGCCCUAUGGCUAUCAGUCGGGGAAAUACAUCUCUCUAUCGCAUCUGUUCCCACUUCCGUGCAGCAUUUAUCGCCCGCCCUGUUCUUUUUUUAUCUCGUCUCAAGGCCUGUGCUGUCCUGUCCAAAGACCGACAUCAUCUGCCCACGCGACACAUGGCUGUUGUCAUAUAUUACUAUUAUCCGCUCUUUUCCUCACCUCCUCUCUCCCCACCUCCUCUCACCUCCUCUCUCCUCAUCUCUCCUCAUCUCUCCUCAUCUCUCCUCAUCUCUCCUCCUCUCUCCUUCCUCCUCCCAUCUCUCUCCUCUCCCUCAACCCCGAACUUCUCCGUUCGGCAACGAUAGUCACCCGCUUCUGUGUGGUCUUGCUUCUCUUCUCACCUCACCUUCACCUCCGAAUCACAUCACCGCCAUCAUGAAGCUCUCCCUCACCCUCCUCGCCGCGGCUGCGGCCCUCACACCGUGCCUUGCCGCGAACCCAACAUGGCCCUCCUCCGUCGACGAGCUUGAGGACAUCAUGUUUCUCACGGCAGGCUAUCGCAAGCGGACCUUCGCUGACUCCGUGAUUCCCUGCGAGAAGAGCCCUACUACCGCCGGCCGUAUCAACGCCGCCGAAUGGAUCCGCAGCGCCUUCCACGACAUGGCCACCGCAGACACUUACAAUGGCAUCGGCGGCCUUGAUGCUUCCCUCCAAUUCGAGACUGGCCGCAGAGAGAACAAUGGCCCCGCCUUCGAGUCCACCUUAAUCUUCCUUCAGGCCUUCCUGUCUGUGCGCUCCUCCAUCUCGGAUCUCCUUGCACUGUCCAUGUAUACAGCUGUUCGCGCCUGCGGUGGGCCAAUUGUGCCCAUCCGCACAGGUAGAAUCGAUGCCACAGAGGGUGGGGCGACGGGGGUGCCGAUACCACAGAACCCGACCCAGACGUUCGUUGCGCAGUUUGCACGCAUGGGCUUCAACACGAGCGAGAUGAUUGAGCUCAUUGCCUGUGGACAUACCAUUGGCGGCGUCCAUGCGGGUCUGUCCCCAUUGAUCAAUGCCCCGGGGACAGCAAAGAAUGACUAUGCGCUUUUUGAUGAUGCUACGCAGGCUCAGUCCAAGUUUGACCAUGGCAUUGCGAGAGAUUAUGUCUUGGGAAAUACGACGAACCCCUUGGUAGUUGGUAUCUCCAAGGCCAAUGGGCGGGACUCUGACGGCCGCAUUUUCCGGGUUGAUAAGGAUGUCACCAUCAAGACUCUGGCGAACCCCGUGGUGUUCCACGACCGCUGCAAGGUCGUCCUACAGCAGAUGAUCGAUGUCGUCCCACCGACGGUUAAUCUCACGGGGCCAAUCCAGCCGUAUGAGAUCAAGCCCGUUAAUCCCCAGCUUAACCUUGUGGCUCCCGGCACCACUCUAUCGUUCACGGGAGAGAUCCGCGUUAGAACGACUGUUCGUGCGGCGGAUAAGAUUUCUAGCGUGAAGCUCGUGUACAAGAACCGCGAUGGCGAAGCUGGCGGAUCCAUCACGACUACGUUUGUAGGAACUGCAUCCGGCUUUGAUGACUCGUUCACUUUCUACAAAUUUGCCGCCUCAAUUGAUUCCACGAAGAGUAUUUCUAGCUUCACCGUUAAGGUUGCCGUUGCUGGCGGCACCACUGAGACCCACGAUAAUAAUGGAAAGGGUUACCCGGUGGAGGACUCGGUUAUCCUACAGUCACCACAGAGUUGCUUGGAGAUUUUCACUGAUGCUGAUAAUAACCGCACACUGACCAUCGUUGCUGCCAAACGCACAGCAGUCACAGGCACCCCAGCCGUCGACCUAGCCUCCUUAAAGGCUAGAACCGGCGGUCUCGUCGUUCCUAUAAUCACCCAUUCCCCCCUCCCCAUGACGGCCGGCAAAUCCUACGGACCAUACACGUUCUACUCCGUGACCACCAAGAUUGGCUCCACUCUCUCCCUCCGCGCCACCUUUGAUAUUACGCUGGGCACAGCCAAGGACGUCUUCAAGCGCACCUCCAACCUCCCCGAUGGAUGCGUCCCCUUUGGAUCCGAUACAUCGACAUCCACGGCCCCACCAACAACGUCUCAGCAAUCAUCUACCACCGUAAGUCCUCCAAUCUCAACCUUACCAACCCCGCCUCAAUCAUCAGGCUGGGCCUUCCUAGGGUGCUACACGGACGCCACCACCUCCCGGACCCUCCCCUAUAUGGCCUCCCCGGCCGGCGGACCUACAGCCCUGACAAACGCCCUCUGCCAGUCCACCUGCCAGUCCCAAGGCUACGUCCUCGCUGGUACCGAAUACUCCGGAGAAUGCCACUGCGGGAACUACAUCUCGUCUACUGCCAGGCCCGCCACUUCCGGCUGCGACAUGGCCUGCCACGGCGACGCUGCGGAGAAGUGCGGCGGUGCGAAUCGUCUGAGCCUUUACGGCUUUGGCCGCGCCAAAGCAGAGGUGGCCCUAGUUCCUAAGAGUAAGAAGACCGUGGAAGGGUACGAGUACCAGGGAUGCUACGUUGAUUCGAGAGAAGCGAGAGUGCUGAGCGGCUCGGCGCUUGUGAAUGAUGCGUUGACUUUGGAGAAGUGCGCUGCGUUCUGUAAGGAGGCCAAGUUCAAUGUGUUUGGUGCGGAGUACGGGGGAGAGUGUUGGUGUGGCGCCGCAUUGGGAGCGACGACGAAGGUGGGCGAGGAGCAGUGCAACCAGCCUUGUGGCGGGGACAGGGCCGAAGCCUGUGGACAGGGCAAUCGACUUAGUGUUUACCUGAAGUGAGGGCUUAAGAUGGAGCAGCAUAAAGGCGAUAUUUUAUUUUUGUUUGGGGUGAAGGGUGCAGGAGGAUAAUGGCAUGAAAGUGACGGGGAGGAGAGAAAAAUAACGAACGGCAUUGGGGU